UGUAAUAUUAGCCAGUUAUAGAUUACCUAAACAUCGAAUCUUCCUGUAUUUAAAAAGGUUAUCUUUUUUAAGCGGGACUAUAUUAUAGAACGAUAUUAUAGAACCAUAUAGUCUAUAUUAUAGAACGAUAGACAUAUACAAAAUUUUUAGUAUAUCUGGUGUGUCCAAAAUGGAAAGAUCAAUAAUUACAACUAUAGUAUUUAUAAUUUUAUUCAAUAUAAAGAUGAAUAUUGCAUAUCCAUUUGUAGCAGUGAAUGAUACAGUUAUAAACGGAGAUACUAUAUACUACUUUGGCUAUACAUUUAAGGGUAAUUGGUUCCAAGCAAUGCAAUAUUGCAAAUCUCUUGAUAUGGAUUUAAUAUGGAUAGAAUCGAAGGAAGAAAACAAUUUUCUUUACCAUCAAAUGAAAAAUUUGUUUUCGAAUAAAGGUGAAUACUGGUUUUGGACAUCAGGAACCACAUUGCCUCACGACAAAUGGGUCUGGAUGUCUACAGGACGUCCAAUUGUUUUUACUAACUGGCAAAAAAACCAACCAGAUAACUGGGAGGGCAAGGAACAUACCCUCGAAGUUGAAUACCACUACGGGAAAGAUCUUGAAUGGAACGAUUUAGAUCAAGAUAGAUACCUAAAUGCUCUUUGCAAGGUUAACAUUGAGAAGUGUAGUGAUACAACUUCCUAGGUGUAGUAAGAUCAAAAGAUAUAUCUUAAAUUCUAUUAUAUUUGUGAAUUGUUUAGUAAACAGUAUAAAACAAAAAUAGUAUAAAUGA